CCCAUGCUCAAGUGUCUGCCACGGAGGCGCACAGCAGGCCUAGACGAGCUUCCGUGCAAUAAGAAAGCGACGAUCGAAGGCAGAACGCAGCGGCAAAAAUGCAGUUCAGCGACAAGCAGAACGGUGUCGACCUGCAGGUCGUCCACGGGCCUGGUGCGACCUACGUCAAGCACCCCACGCGCGGCUGCCCCAUCGACAUCGUGCUGACUGGCGGCGAUGACUACCUGGUCCGUGCUUUGCCGAGCCUGGGGAACGAUGACUCCUUCACACCUGUCACGAUGGAAGAGGCAACGAUGCAGAUCAGCUGGAUUGACGUGGACUCAUACUUUAUCAUCACGUCUUCCGAAGAUGGUUGCGUGCGCGUCUACACGAUCAACAUUGAGCCAUCCACUGGGGAGAGCGUAUGGGUCAUGGACUCACUUCUGACGCGCUCCACCCUGCCGGUCCGCUGCGCCGCCAUCGAACGCAACUAUCCCACGGGAAAGGCUCCGCGCAUCGCCGUCGCCAGCGAUGAGCUCAUCGUCAAAGUGAUCAACCUGGAAGAUCCAUUAAAUGUUGAUCUCCUCACGGGACACAUGCGUUCGGUUCGGCACUGCGCUUGGAGCCCCACCGCUCCGAUCCUCCUGACCUCCGGCUGCGAUGGCAUUGUGCGAGUUUGGGACAUGGGAACUAACGGUGAAGCAUGCGAGCCAAUCUGCACGCAGAUAAUUAAGGAUCUCCUCGUCACUACGCGCGCAACGGACACGGAACGCGCGACGCAGACACUUUGGCAUCCUACCGGCAAGUUCUUCCUCAUCCCCGGCAAGACAAACGAGAUUAUCAUCAUGGGCCCGUCCGCCACGAACCCUGGGCAGUGGGAGCGCAAGCAGACAUUCAACGGCCACUCGCCUACCAUCGACCCGCCUGUCGGCGCGGUGACCGCCAUGGACUUUAGCCCGAACGGACGCUACCUCGCAACUGCUACCGCUGGCAACGGGCAAGUCACUGUGUGGGACACGGCGACUCGUGCACCCAUCAAGCGCAGACUUUCAGAGGCCAACGUUACCAGCAUCAGCUGGAAUAUGCGCAGAAACGCGCUCUGCUGGACCGAUCUUGGCGGAUCGUUGUACAGGUGGGAGGACGUGAUCAGUCCCGGAAGCGCCAGCCCGUGCGAUCUGCUCCCUGGGCAGGAGGCCAACAUCCGCAUGCAUCCGUCUGUCGAGGAAGAGGAGGCGCUAGCGCCUCAGGUGCACCGUGAGAGCAAACGAUUGGUUGACAUGAAUGCCGCUGGCGCCGACCUGGGGCAUGACGAUGCCGUCAGCGACGACAACGACGAUGACGAUAUGGUCUCCCUUGUCGAUUUCGUCGUCGACGAUGCCGGUGGCGAUUACGCUCGCGAUCUGGAGCGUGAGCGUCUCCAGCGUCAUGCUGGACGCUUGAAAAGUGGUAAGAGCAUGAGUGGGCUAAUGGUCCAGGGUACCCCGAGUCAACCUGCUUUCCAAGUCACUUCUACACCCAUGCGCAGUCAGCGGCGCUUUCUUGCCUUCAACACGCUCGGCACGCUCAUCGCGGUGGACCAAGACAACCAUCAAAGCAUCCUAUUUGAAUCAUAUGACACUGCGGCUCGGCGCAAUUACCGCAUUCAGGACCAGCACAAAUUUAGCAUGGCCUCGCUCGCUUCUCACGGGGCGCUUUUCGCAUGCGAGGAGAAUGAGCGCGAUCGCCUGGCCAGCACCGUUUUCUUCAAGCCUUUUGACAAUUUGUGGGGUGCCUACUCUACCGAAUGGAGCUUCGAUCUGCCAAAAGGCGAGAGCGCCGUCUGCGUCGCCAUGAGUGGGCCUUGCGGAAAGCCAGAAGAGGAGGAGAAUGCAAGCGAUGCUGCAUCCACGGCUGCGCUGGUAGCAACGAGUGCCGGCUACGUGCGCAUCUUCAGUGCUUCCGGUCUGCAACGUUUCAUCUGGCAUCUCGGCGCAUCUGUCGUCACGAUGGUCGCUGGCAGCCACACAGCCAUGAUUGUCACACGCGGACCCGGUGCGGCGCUGGGAGGAUACCAGAAUCUCAACUACACGCUCUUGGACAUGCAGACGCUCGCAACUGUGAAUCACGGUUCGCUGCCCCUGCCCAAAGACACCACUUUGCAGUGGGCAGGCUUCAACGAGUAUGACACACCAGCCAUUUUCGACUCUCGGGGAGUGUUGAGCGUUCUCGACGGCUCACGCUCUGGUCCCAACGCCAAAUGGGUGCCGUCGCUGGACGUCAGGAGCAUGCCGGAGGCACCAAGUACUGCAGAGCUCAAGUAUUGGCCCGUCAGUGUCGUCUCCAACAAGCUGCUCGUGAUCAUGUUGAAAGGAGCAAUGACAAUGCCGGAUGCAGCAGCAGCACGUCCGCUUGUGCAGGAACUCGACCUUGCGCUACCCGUUUUAGACAACACUUCGCCGACAAGCCGACAUGAGGAAGCAUGGUUGCGUCAGGCAUUGCUCGCAUCGAUGGUCCGCUCGCGGCCACCUGCGCUGCUCGAUGCCGAGUUGAAUCCAGACGCCAUCGAGCAGAAUGCAGACAAGGCUCUGUUGCAGCUGAUCCAGCUCAGCUGCAAGUCCGACAAGCACAAGAAGGCCAUAGACGCUGCUCGCGAACUUCACACGACACGUACGCUAGAUGCGGCGUUGAAGAUUGCGCAGUACUUUGGCCUAGCCAGCUUGGCGGAUCGCAUGGAGGGGCUGCGCGAAUUUGUGGAGACGAGAAAGGAGCGCGUCGAGGAGGCUGGGCAUGCAUAUUCUUCCGGUAUCGUCAUUGCUGCACCGCGCAUUCUCGUGCCCGAAAGCCAGGAGAGCCGUGCAGCUGCCAAACAAGCACUGACGGAGGACUUUGCUCCGCGCGCUCCAAAAGUGACAAGGCGUGGCUUCGGUGGAGGAUUCACGGCUGCGAGCAGCAGCCUGGCUUCAGCUGCUGCUGCUGCUGCAGCUACUAGCUCUUUCCGCUCCUCGCCUGCAUUUUCGGUAGCAACAACUGGCAGCAGCACAAAGCUAACGCUUAAAACGGAGAUCGAGAUGGAGGAGCGCGCGCUGGCUGAAGCAGAGGCUCAAGAGGCGGUUCGCACCCUGCAGGCGGACAGGUCCGCCAAUGAGAAUCAGGAGGCCGAGUCAAUGGAAGGAGAGCAUCAAGUUGGCAGGCUCGGCAAGCGCAAGAUCGGCGAAGACUUUGUGCUCCCGGCAAAGAAAUCCAACAAUCCCUUUUUGACGAACAAGCCAGCAAACCCGUUCGCCAAGACUGCCAGUGGCUCUCACCGCGAACGAAGCAUGCACAAAAGCAACAGCUUCUUUGACCGCGUUGACGCCGUCGAAGGGACCGGCAUGACGAUCGCGGAGAGAGCCAGGAAGCAAUCGACGCUGUUUGGCUUUGCUUCUUCCAAGGUGCAAAAGAAGAAGCCAGACGCAAACAAGCAGCAGUCAACAAGUCCUGCAGCUACACCUGCUUUUGCUGAUACGCAGCUGAUGGAUGAUGUGGAAGGCACAAUGAAAAGCAACAAGAAAGCAGCAGGAAUAUGGGAGGACGCAGAGGACCAGGUCUGGGAGAAGGAGAUUGCCGAGGAGGAAAGCCUACGAUUGACGCUGCAAGCUGCACGGCGGAUGGAGCAUGAGAGUGUCGCGCUCGAGGAGACGCAGCUGACGGGUGCUGCUGACGAGACGCAGAACGAACAAAUGCAGGAAGAGGGCGACAAGGUCAAUGCUGCCGGAUUAACACCGAUGAGACCAACAGGCGGUGAACGCGACGUCCACGGCGAGCACGCGGACGAGGAUGAGACCAACACGGCGCGCUUUAAACUCGAAGCCUUCCGAGCACCAGCCAUCAGUCCAGCUGCGUAG